CCCCCCGGCCCGCCAGAAGUACUCUUCUGCCUCAGGAUGGGAUACUGGCUCCUGCCUCACACCCUGUGAGCAAGCCAGCGCCGAGGUUUUUGUGGGGAUGCCUGUCAACCGCCACAAGUCAGAUUCUUUGGAGAUGGACUCUGACAUGUCACCCAGCUGCAGACUCAGUGACUUGAGCAGAGGAGGGAGCUUGGAGAGUCGGAGCAGCAGUUCUCGGUCCAGAAGUUUUACUUUGGACGAUGAAAGCCUCAAGUACCUCACACAUGAGGAAAAAGACGUCAUCCUGUUCUUUGAAGAGACUCUGGAUUCCCUGGAAGAUGACUUGGAGGAGCCAGUCCUGUGUGACAGUGGCAUUCAUUGCCAGUCUCCCCAGUCUCUGGAAGAGAGCCCAUCCAGUCACUCUGAGCCAGAAGAUGUCAUCGAUUUAGUGCAGCCUGGACCUGCAGUUGGGGAAGCGGAGUGCCUUCCAGAUGCGUCUCAGAUAGCAGGGGCUGGACCUAUUGGAAAAGAAGAGGAGCCUGUCCUUGAAGGCAGGAAGCAGAAUGCUGAGAAGUCCCCACAGUCAGGUUCCACAGUUCCAGAGGCAUCUGAUACCCCAGCCCAUCCCAGGAAGGAGCUGCUCCCUCCUCCUCCUCCAGCAGAGCACCCAAAGCUCCCACGCUCUGUCCCCACUCCUCUUGUGAUUGCUCAGAAAAUUUCAGAGAAGUUGGCAGGAAAUGAAGCCCUUUCUCCCACAUCUCCCUCCAAAGAAGGCAGGCCUGGAGAAUGGAGGACACUGGCUUCUCUAGCCCCUCAGAAUGUGGACCACUUCCUGUGGCAGAGACACACGGCACAGCCACCACCCAAGAUUCAUCGCUUCCCCAGCAACAUCAGCAUGACCAACAGCUCAGGAAAGGAAUUCAGUAAGACCAUCUCAAAGGCAGCCGUCAAUGUGCAGGAACGGAAAGCCCAAGUCCUGGCCAACAUCAAUGGUGUCUCCUUCCUUAACCCAGGAGACACAGAAGACCGUUCACAGAAGAGUGACCAUCCAGAGCAGAGGAAUGUCUCUCCAGAUGAGACAGCACAUGCCCAGGACACCCCAGGUCUGGCCACGGAAGCCACAGGCCCCCGAGCAGCAGGGCAGUCCAGUGGUCAGCAGUCCAGAGGCGUGCAGACAGAACAGCCCCCCACACUGGCCAAUGGCUUCCAGAGCAUCCACGAGGCCCUAAGGAGUGAGCCCAGCCCCUUUGUGUCCACUGGAAAGACUAUCACCUUCCGCCCAGACCCUACUCAUGCCAGCAGACUGGCCCGCCAGAAUGCCAGCAGGAGCGCCUAUGAGCCCCAGCAGCCAGACUGUAGCCAGGACACCAGGAGACGGCGGGGCUCCCUCCCCAGAGCAGUGGGCUUCAGACCCCAGGGCAUCACUGUGCAGUUCUCUGGCCGAGGCUCCACAGAGGAAGCCCGGCGGGAGGCCCUCCGCAAGCUCGGGCUGCUGAAGGAAAACUCGUGAUGAGGACUGUCUUGGGAAACUGUGGGAGGCAUGCUGGCUGGCACAGUGGCUGAAAUAUACCUGGUUUCCCCUCCCUAAAAAGAAAUGAAGCAUUAUUGUUGAUAAAAGGUUAUCUCCUACUGCAACUCCAGGAGCUGGUUGGUGUAAAAUGCACAAGCCUUCAUCACAAAUACUGUGCCCAGUGCAGGAAGGAGCCCAGUGGCUGGCAUCAGGAAUCCCACAGCCGAGUGAAAGAGAAACUUAAGCCAUGUCUUGUCAUCUUUUUUCAGAGGUCUAAAACAAAGAAUAAUCUUUAACACCUGUUGGCUUCUAUGAUUUGUUAAUGCCAUAUGUUUUUAGAGUCAGGAAGAGGGAGGAAACCUUAUUUGUCAUUCUUGAGUCUUUGCUCUAGACUUCCAUCCCAAGUAUAUACAUGAAAACCAUUUUAGAUCUCUCCUACUCAGGAUUUACCCCCUUUUCUAUGAACAUAAAAAAGAAAUGCCUGUUAAGUUUUUAUAGUGCAUGAUACUUUUUUGGUUUUUUGUUUUUGAAGGCUGAAAGAUGGUACUUUGCCCCUGGGUUCAUUUUUGUUUCUUGAUAUAAUUUGGUUUGCCCAAUAUUUUAUUUGAUAAAUUAAAAUGAAAUCUUUAGAAUAUCAUUUGCUAUAAUUUUGAGUUAUGAAAGUAGAAUAAAAAGGUUGAAUUGGAAAAAACUGGUAAUUUUGAUAAAGCAAGUCUCGGACUGCACAACCUAUUUUCCUAGACCAUGUAUUUGAGUCUGUUGUGUGUGUGUGUAUAUAUAUAUAUAUAUAUAUAUAUAUAUAUGUACAUAAUAUGUGUUAACAUGUACAUAGGUAUUGUGUGGUGUGCAUGUUAUUACAUACAUAAAAACUCCUGAAACCCCCAUUAAAUAACUACAGGAUUUGAGCCCUUCCUGUGCUCUCUAAGGUAUCAUGAGGGAGGGACGACACAAGAAAUUACUUCCUAAAAGAGAAGUCUUUUAAGGCCACAUGUACACGUGCAAACAUGGUUUUUCCUCAAUAGUAUAUUCUGUUCCCAAUUAAAGUAAUAUUCUCUGAUUCUAAAUAAGCUACAUUUUUCCUUUUUCGGUGAAAAACAUUUUUAAAAACUGAUCUUUUUUUAGUUUAUCACCUCUCUUACGUUUUGUAUAUUCCAAGGUAACUAAAAAACAAAAGAUUCUCAAAAGAUGCCUCAUUGCUUAUGUUUCAUGAGCAACAUCUCAGAAUUAAUUUAAAAAAGGGAAAACAGCGAACUAGGUUACUCAGCAUGAAAAGAGCUGGUUUGUCUCCCAGACAUGCUGAGCUGUGGUCACAGGCAUUAUUAUCAAAACUAAGUCUGAAGUCUUAAAUCUCUAAAAAUAGAUGAGGUGGGGCUGUGCUGGGCAGUCACACCCUUCUGUUUCUGUGUCCCUGCCAGUGCUCUAACAGAGCCUAUUUCUUUCCUGCCGACUAUUACUGAAAUUCAACCCUUUAAAAUGUACUGUGAAGGGUGUUUUUUCUUGUAGUAUUCCACUUGCCUUAUAAGUUACAUAAGACAAAUGAUUAUGGUUUUUUUUCCCCUUAGAACCACAGGAUUCAUGAGUUUUUGUACAAGGUGAGAUGCCAUACACAGUGUUUAAUUGAGGGUCUUGGUAGAGCUAACAUUUUAAAUAUCACUUUAUGAGGAUUGUUUUUUAUCUUAUGAUUUUAUUGUGAAUAGGUGAACUUGACUGUAUAUUAGUAUAUUUGUUUUUAAUGACAUUUUUGAAAAAUAAAUUUAGUUUUAUCUUACAUAUAAGCAACUUUGAUUUUUGACAUUAUUCACAGUAUCCUGAGUUAUUUUCUUUUAAAUGGUUUUUUCCUUCUAUUUAUAAUUUCUAUUUAUUCAUAAUUAUACUGACUGUUACGCAAGUCAUUUCUUAUGCGUACAGUCUUUGUGAUUGAAGCCCUAUGUUUUCUUAGAGCUUCAAAGGAUAGCUGCCAGUGACCUGACCUGUAUGUGUACAGAACAUGUUAACAAAAAAUCUAGUUUGCCAAGAGGCAUUACUUUCCUUGCCACAGCUAUGUGGUGUUAAAUUUGUAAAGGCCAUCUGGUUCAAGGUAAUUUGAAGGACUGUAUUUCAAAAAAAACUGUAAAGAAAAGCAAAGAUGAAUCCAAAAUGCCAGUUUCUUUUCAAGUGAUACUUGUAAAUCAUUUAUGUUUAUAAAACUCUUAAUAUUUAAAAAUCAGAAAAAAUUCUCCUUU